ACUUAUUUCCUCACCUGUCUGUCCUGUCUCCCCUGGUAGGGUGGUGGAGCAGGUUCUGCAGAUGUUAAGAAUCUAAUCAAGUCAUAAGCUCAUGAUUUAAAUAUUCUCUGAAAGCAUUAAAAGCAACGUGAGGACAGAAAAUAAGAGUCUCCAGCGGAGGAUUCCUCUUCUGAACUCUCCACACUGACUCCACUAGAGGGUUGUUCUUCUGAACUCUCCACACUGUCUCCACCGGAGGAUUGUUAUUCUGAACUCUCCACACUGUCUCCACCGGAGGAUUGUUAUUCUGAACUCUCCGCACUGUCUCCACUGGAGGAUUUUUCUUUUGAACUCUCCACACUGCACAAAACCGUCUAAAUUUUACAGAGCUCCCGUUCACCAUGGACCUGAUCACAGUUCUGCUCUCAUUUGUUGUCAUCCUUUUUUUGGCCAUUGUUUUUAAGAAUCAAGGAAAGUACAAAAAUUUUCCACCUGGACCAAAGCCUUUACCGAUCAUUGGAAAUGUUCUCAUGCUGGACAUGUCAAAACCUCAUAAAACAUUCAUGGAGCUUUCUACAACAUACGGCCCGGUCUUUAGUGUCCAGAUUGGCAUGACAAAAACAGUUGUCCUAUGUGGCUAUGAAGUUGUUAAGGAUGCGCUCAUCAAUCAUGCCGAUGCCUUUUCUGAUAGACCUUAUGCUCCGGUGACUGCAAAAUUUGCAAAGAACAAUGGUGUUAUUUUUUCCAAUGGAGAGAACUGGAAAGUGAUGAGAAGAUUCACACUCUCCACACUACGAGAUUAUGGAAUGGGCAAGAAGACCAUAGAAAAUAAGAUCACUGAAGAGGCCGAGUGUUUAGUACAGAAGUUGAAAUCAUAUGAAGGAAAGCCAUUUGAUAAUCUGACCAUUAUUAAUGCUGCAGUAGCCAACAUAAUUGUGACCAUACUGCUCAGUCAUAGAUUUGACUAUGAGGAUCCGACCAUACUGAAACUUAUGGCUGUAAUUAAUGAAAAUCUACGACUCUUCGGAAGCCCAUGGGUGAGGCUGUAUAACAGUUUUUCAUUACUGAUGGACUGGCUACCUGGAGCUCACAGAACUAUUUUUGGGAACAUCAAGGAGUUUCAGAAAUUUAUAAGAGCGACCUUUACGAAACAGAAGACAGAACUGGAUGUGAAUGACCAGAGGAACCUUAUUGAUGCUUUCCUAGCCAAGCAACAAGAGGGAAAGCCUGAAUCUACCGAGUAUUUCCACAAUGAAAACUUAACUAUUUUGGUUGGAAACCUUUUCGCAGCUGGAAUGGAGACCACAUCAACCACAUUGAGAUGGGGACUUCUACUCAUGAUAAAAUACCCAGAAAUUCAACAAAAAGUCCAUAAUGAAAUUGAAAGGGUGAUUGGAUCAGCAGAACCUCAAAUGGAGCAUAGGAAACAAAUGCCGUAUACAGACGCCGUCGUUCAUGAAAUCCAACGCUUUGGUGAUAUUGUACCGAAUAAUCUCCCACAUGCAACUUCUGAAGAUGUGACAUUCAGAGGGUAUUUUAUACCAAAGGGCACUGCUGUUAUCCCAUUGCUGCACUCUGUACUCAGAGAAAAAACUUACUUUGAGAAACCCAAUGAGUUUUAUCCAGAACACUUUCUUGAUUCUAAAGGAAAUUUCACAAAGAAUGAGGCCUUCAUACCCUUCUCAAUAGGUAAACGUAGCUGUGCUGGGGAAACCUUGGCUAAAAUGGAGCUCUUCCUGUUCUUCACAACACUAUUACAAAAAUUCACCUUCCAUGCACCGCCUGGAGCCAAACUGGACCUUGAACCUGCACUGGGGUUUACAAGUGGCCCCCAAACCUAUGAGAUCUGUGCCAUAUCUCGCACAUAGACAACAUUGCCAUGAGAUAUGUUGUAUGUCAUCAUAAUUCUUUGCCUUAUCUUUAUUGUCUACAUGUGGCAUUAAUUUAAGUGGAAUCUAUUGCUCUCUGUUAUCAGUCAUUUCUGGUUGGAGAAGGGUUAACUGCUAUGUAAUUGAAUUACUAAGAGAUUUCUGUCAUAAAGCUCUAAAUCUCCUGCCUAGAUAAAGAGUCAAAUGAUAAUAUUUUGUCUAUUGUGAGCUUACUGCAUUCUGGGGUAUUGCUGAGUUCAGUGUACAAAUUGUAUACAAGAACCUCCUAAGCUCCCCCUAGUGGUGGCUUCAGACAGAUAGCACUUUAUAAUUUUACUAUAUUUCAAUAGUUACAGAAUAAUAAUACUUCUUACCAUUAUAAGGAUAUAUUAAGAAAUUAAUCAGUGUAGAUUUUUAGACCUACAGUGUGUCCACCCUUAAAUUUUCUUAAGUUUUGUUAAUGACUCCAAUAUAGCACGACACAAAUACAAUACAGUAUCACAAUAUAUUUCCAAAAUUCUCAACAGGUUAAAACUCCCAGCCCAACCCCUGCAUGGUGUAAUACUGUGUGGUAAAGUACUGGAGGAGGUGUGUAUCUCAUCCAGAAUGCUCAGAUGGGUAAGGUAGAAAGAAUCCAGAAAAAUACUGUCAGCAAAGCAUAGUUUGGGGUGGCAGUUUUGUUAUUUCUUGGGCUGGAUUUUUAUGGAAUGACAUGUAGGUGUUGGUAGAGAGAUGUACCAUUCCCUUCCAGUACGCUACUUUCUCUUAGCUUGAAGCAGACCCAAGUGUAGCUGCUGGGGAUAAAGACAAGGCUGAAAGCUUAACUCAGUGUCAAUGCCUGGAAGCUGCAAGUUGUCUGCAGUAUAAGGCCCCUUUUAGAAGAGUGACUUCCACACUCCGGACAGCGUAAGUAUGAAGCAGCACCCGUCCUGGCCUUCCAGCACUGACGGGGUUGCAUAGCAUUAUAUUGAUUUAUGAUGCUAUGUAACCCUUAGAGUUAUGUAAUGUAUUGGAUAACAGCAUUAUGUCAUUGUUCUUUAAGUGUUCAUAGCAUCAUAAAUCAAUAUAACUCUGUGCAAUCCUGGCCCUGCUGGGAGGUCAGGACAGGAGCUGCUUCAUACUCACGCUGUAAGUCCGGAGUGUGGAACUCGCUCAUUUGAAAGGGGCCUAAGCCUCAUCUACCAAGUUACUAAGAACAUGGGUGAGGAAACCUGAUGUAUAACUAAGGUCCAGGUAGGCAUUUUUUUUUCUUUUUUUGCCAUGGAAUCACUAAAGUGAAUGUUAAACUUGAAUAACUCUAUCUUGUCUUAUAGAAAAUAAAGCAUUAUUUGGGCUUUUAAACUGUUGAAUUCAGUGAAAUCUGUCAUUGCAGACCCACCUACAAGUACAGGUCACUACAGUGGCUACCCAGAUAACAUACAUCUCCAGAGUGUGACAAAAUCUUCUUCUUUUUUUUUUUUUUUUCGAGGCUGGUUCUCUGACACCGUACAUCUUGGGAUAUGUUUACCCAUGAACAUAAUAGAAGGAAGGACACAUCUGUAUUUAGAUAAAGAUUCAUGCCUAAUAAAUGUAAUGGCACCAGAGGCACAGCUUUCUUUUAUUUUUUGGAAAAAGAGAAAAUGGACUUAUUUUUUUUUACCAAAGGAGCACUGCAUAGCCUCUCCAUGGGGAGAAAUGUAAUUUUUGAUGCAGGCAAGGAAUUGCACCACUAUGGACAAAAGUCCAAAUUAUGGGAAUUGCUCACACAGAGCUAGAGGCAGCCGAGCUUAGGCUAGCAUGGCACAUUUUCAGGGGCAUCACCAGUUUCAAAGCUAACCACCAUAGAAGCUGAUCUGGUCCUACCAGUUUUUGGGGAAGUUUUGGCUAUAAGUUGCCUCUGCUUUUUACUGCCGCCACUGCUACCUCCUCCUCUGAUGUUACCUCUUCAGCAGCACCCAAUCCGGCUCCCAGGUCCUGGCCAGGGGCGGAAUGGGAACUUAAAAGUGGCCCUGGAAAAAAAUACAAAAAAUUGCCCCAUUUUGUAGUUGGGUCCAAAUUGAUCGAAGGCAUGGGCUGCAAUACCAUAUUGUGGCACAUUAUGCCACCUCAACAGAGCCAAACACCACAGUCCAUCACAAAAUACUAACCCAAUUAGCAAAAAAUACAUCCCCACAACUUCCACUGGCCGGCUGUGAGGAUGACUCAGGCAGCCCUUUGGGCAUUGGCACACAGGGAAAUUUCCCUGUAGGGUGUAUGGCCAAUCUGUCCAUGGUCCUGGCCAACACACAAUCAUAAUCAUAGUCCUCACCCUCUCCACCACUUCUGUGACUAUGUUAUGUCAUUGUGUGCUCUUUGUCCCCCUCCUGAUUCCCUUGCAUUUGCUACAAGUGCCAUUGUUGCUACCACUGCCCCUACUGCCUCCGUCAUAGCUGCAGGUGCCACUACUACUACUACUGGCCUGAUGGUUGGUGAUGCUUCUGCUGCUACUACCCUCAUUCUUAAUUUGGGAGGACAAGGAAUGGGUCUUUUUUUCCCCAUAAUUUAAAUACAGAGGUUCAAUUAACUGUCCGUUUCCUUUUACAUACACAUUGCACAAUGGUAUUGGAAAUUUACUUUGGUAAUACUAAACUUUUGUGGUAAAAUGUUUUCAAACUAUGCAGUCACUAUCAUCGGUAUAACAAUGCAAUUAUUGUAGUAAAAUGUCUUUGAUGCAUUUGGUAACAGGGGUAUAACGUCAAUGCAGUGUUUGUGGUUUAAUGUGUUUAGAUUACAGAUACAUUAUAACAAUGCAAAUUUUGCAGUGAAAUGUCUUUGUUGAACUACAUGGACUGAUGCAGUAAAGCGUUCGCUACUCCAGAUAUAAUAAUGCAAUGUUUGUGGUUUGUGGUGUUUUUGAACUAUGUGUUUAAUAACAUGGGUAUAAAUGGUGUUAUUGCCGUAAAAUACUUUUGCUCUAACUGAACGUUACCGUGCAGUAAUAUACAAUAUCCGUUUAAUAACACGGAUAUAAUAAAGACCUUUUUGCUGUAAA